UGAUUUUGGUUUAGUUUCGUUGGUCCCUAAACUCGUAAUACUUAUUUUUGUGAUUAGCCAUGAAUUUAUAAUAAAAAUAAACAAAUUACAUGGAAUUUUUUGAGAAACCCCAUCAUUAAUAAAGAGAAAAGUAAGUUUUAGGGAAGAGGUAUCCUUCACGUGUACUCCUCUUUGGACGUGUGUAUAGAUUUUUAAGCACAAAUUCAGAUUUUGAUUUCUGAUAAUGUCAUCAUCGUCGGACAAUUGCAAUUCUCGUCACUUCUCAUGGCUCAUGAAAUCUUGUUUCCCAGACCCACGACCAAACCCCUCCCUCCACUACUCUCCUCCACCGGCCACCACUUUUUUCCACCGUCCCACCACCAUAUCUUCUCUCCCAAACGACCUUCUCCUUGAGUUUCUUUCUCGGGUGGCCCAGUCUUCUAUACCAUCCAUUUCCCUUGUCUGCCGCCGGUGGUCGCAAUUAAUUGAUUCUUCCGAGUUCUACGACCUUCGCCGCCGACGUGGUCUUCUCCAUUUUGCCGUCUUUGUGGUCUCUUUUUCUGAUUCCGGCUUGUUCGCCGCGAAUUACCAAUUGGGUCACGACACCCAGUGGAGGACAACAUCCUUCUUGAAUAACAACUACGAUGAUGCUGUUUACCCGUCGAGUUACAGCGCUUUGUCUUCACACGCGCGGCUGGCUGCGAUUGGCCGCUGGAUCUACAUUAUUGGGAAAACGACGAUGCUCCGGUGUGACGCCUGGACCGGAGCGGUGAUACCCAGAUCGAAAAUGUCAGUGUUGAGGAAAAAAUUCGCAGUUGCUGUAGUUGCCGGGAAAGUAUACGUCGCCGGUGGGUCUACUCGGACGGCAACGGUAGAGGAAUACGAUCCAAAAAAGAACUCAUGGCGAGUAGUGUGUCAGGCGCCGAGGAUGCGAUAUGGUUGUAUCGGAGCAUCCGUCGACGGAGUUUUAUAUGUGAUAGGUGGACUGAAGAUAGGUGGCACGACAGGUAACGACGGAACACGCACCGCCGCUGGUACAGGUGCACACGUCUACGCGAGCUCGAUGGAUUUGUACGACGUGGAGGCGCGUAGGUGGUUGAGAAGCCGUGCAGUACCUGGUGGCGGAUGUGUGGUAGCGGCUUGCUCUUCCGGCGACCACAUCUACAUUCUAGCCAGCCACGCGGUGGAGCUUUCUUUUUGGAGGUUCAAUGGAAAUAGACGUGUGGGUUUCGGAGAGUGGUGUCGAUUAAAGAGUCCGCCGCUUCCAACUCAAGUCCGACUGGACGGCACGGUGAGGUUCAGCUGCGUUGGGGUGGGGGAAAAGGUGGUGUUGAUACAAAUAAUGGGAUGUAUUGAUGAUUUGUUAAGGAGGAGUGGACGGAGCACCAGAGGUUUGAAGGAAGCAUUGGUGUUGGUUUACGAUUCCGCCGCCGGAGAAUGGAGUAGAGGGGCGGACUUGCCGGAUGUUGUUCGACGCGCCGCCUGUGUUUGUGUGGAGUGGUAAUGAAUAGGGCCAUAGCACAUAGGGGGGCGUAGUGUUAAAGUUGCAAAGGAAUCUGUAUCGUGUUGACAAAAUUGUCGAUCGCUAUUUGACUAAAAUGGCGAAAAAGGCCAUCUCGUACUUUGUGUUAUUUACGACGGACGCGAUGCAAAUCUCAAGACAUGUGACUUUACCAGAGGGCAAUAUAGUAAUUGUAUUAGCGUUUAAUUAUUAUUUAUUUACUUUACCUCACAUUUGAAUAUUAACUUUUUUCUUUAAGACUAGAGCAUGUAUAAUUUUCACCAUUAUUUAAUGUUUUAUAUUUAUAUUUUUAAUGUCAUAUGUCAUGUUUCUAGCGA